AAACACCCUCAGACUUGGAGAUCUGACUAAACAUUUAGAUACUGCUAAAGAUGAAUGGCAAAGGGAUGAUUUGAGAAAGUUGGAGGAGAGAGGAAAAUUAAAAAUAAUCUGGCCUCCUUCCAGGGAGAUGCCUAAGAAAAUCUUCCCCUUGAAGGAGAGCUCAAAAUGAGUAAACCUAAAUGGCCACCAGAGGCGACAGUGUCUGAAUCCUCUGAAUUUGGAGGCGAAUCGCUGAUGGAACAUGUUAAAACUCUGGAAAAUAAGGGACAAGAACAAAAUAACCUUUCUUUACUGCAGCCAUUUCUGCAGUCCACCCAUAUGUGUCUGAAAGAGGAGGGUACAGGAAUCAAAGAAAUGAAAAUGAAUGAAGCAAGAAAAGAUGAGAAGAAGGAAGGAAAUCAGAAUGUGCAAGAUAAGCUGAAUGAGGCUGAAGAAGCAAGGGAUAAGAGAAAAAGUGAAAUGGAUCUUAAUGACAGCAAUAAUGUGGUUGUGCAGAGGGCUGAAAAGGAGAAAAAUGAAAAAACUAACGAACCUGACAGUGGAGAAGUUUUACAGGUUGCUAACACUGAUGAUGAGGUGGUGCUAGAAUAUCACAAAGAGAAUUUGAAUAAGAAUAAUAAUAACAAUUAUGUUGCAGUCCCAUAUCUGAAUGACUGCAGGCAGAAGACAUCUAUUUUAGAAUUUUCUAAUCUGUUACCACUCUCAAAUGACACCGCAAGUGACUACCAAAUUAAAAAGUUAGAAAAUGCGUCUAGAAUCUCAGAGUUACUUGGGAUAUUUGAAUCUGAAAAGACAUAUUCAAGGAAUGUACUAGCGCUGGCUCUCCAGAAACAGACUGACAGAGAGACUGCUGGCAGUCCUCUACAGUCUGCUCCAACCCCAGGCCUACAGAGGCGCUUAAUAGCAAAGGGGAAAAGUUCAAUGGUCUCUUCCGAUGCACAUCUCUUAAACAUUAAAGGUAACCAUUCACAUAACAAGAAUUUACACUUUUUCUUUUCUAACACUGUGAAAAUCACGGCUUUUUCCAAGAAAACUGAAAAUAUUUUUGAGUGUGAUUUAAUAGAUUCUGUGGAUCAGUUUAAAAACAUGUAUUUAAGGGAAUUUGGAAACAAUGUUAAUCAUUGGCAUGGUGAAGUAGUAGGAGCAGCCCAUAGUAAUGGAAACACAAGUUUGGAUGCUGUGAGCUGUGAAUAUGCAGCACAGUCUUCGCUCCCCAGCAAGGAGGGCCAGUCUGAACAACUGACAGUGGAAGAGCAGAUUAAAAGGAACAGGUGCUACAGUGACACAGAGUAAAAUCACACUGGUCCUUUGCCUUCCACACUCAGGUGCAGAGAGACAUUGGCAUUCUGAAAUAAGACUUGAUGGACUUCGAAAAGCUUGUCAUCAUCAACAUAAUGUUCAAAAAUCUCAUGUGUUUCACAAUGGAAUAUUUCUUGUAUUACACUUCAUAAUUUUUUUCAUAAUUCAUUUGGCUCCAUGUUUGUUCUGAAUGAAAUGAAGAGAUAAAACAAUA